AUGGGGCUCCAGAGGUUCCUCACGACCUCCCGCUUAAACAGUGUAUCGCCCACUCGUCCAUGCAAAUCAGUCUCCGCGAGUGAGGGGAAGGGCUUACUAACUGUGUUUCGAUUCUCGAAACCUCGGGAAGUGCCUGGGAGCUCCGGGCAAGCCCGAGGAGACGCGGGGGCGGAGCCGCGAGGUAGCGUCCAACUCGUGCGCACGAGCCGCUCCGGGCGGCCGGGAGCGCGGCGUAGGCCAGCGCGCGUCACCGAGCGGACGCCCCGGCGGGUCGGGCGGCUGGGCGGGCGAGCGGCCAAUAGCCGAGGACUGCGCGGGCCCGGGGUGCGGCGCGGAGAGCGCGCCGCCGCUGUGUCGCGCGAAGAGCUGCUGCGCGCGCCCGGACGCACCGUGGCGCGUUCUCCCGCGGACAGAGGAAGCGAAGCGCGUUCGUCCCAAGCUAAGGACUUGUCAAGGAGGUCAGCAUACUCAGAAGUGACACAGGUGCCUUUUACACUGCUAAGCACUGGAAAUACCUGCAAGGUAUCUGUGAUGGCUGUGGAUCAUGACCAGAAGACAUCAUUUCCCUUCGUCCUUUCUGCAGCUUUCCAAAAGAUUCAUGUCAAUAUCCAAGAAUAUCCUUCCUACUACAUUGGCUAUAUCUUCAAAACUCUGCUCAAAAAUUACUUCAUGUGGGAAGCUGUCCAUUGAUGAGGCUACUUGGCUGCAUGUGUCUAAUUCUAUUUAGGAAUCAUCAGGAAAAGCCAGUAACAUCAGUGGUGUCCAUUGAAUGGCUCAGAUUUGAGAAAACCCAGGCUUC